GCAGUCAGCUGUCGUCGCUGCUGAUGGCAACAAUAGGAGUCGGCCACAUUUUCAGCAUCAUCUGCAUCCUACACAUCGCCCAUGAAGCGGAGGAGAAUCCAAACGCGCACUGAUCGGAAUUUAGUCUCUCGUUUGAAGUGAAGACACGCCGGCUGCAAAGGAUAUUUUGCAAUAGCCUACACACUUCAGUGAAGUCACGAUGCCAGCGGCACCCAGCCACCAGGAUUUCUUUGCGGAGCUGCCAGGGGGAUGCCUGCUCCCUACGGUCCAGCAGGGCCUGGAGCAGACCUGGAAGCUCCUCCUCAUCUGCCUGACCUGCCGCUUCCUCUGGAGGCUCAGGCUUCCCACCUACAUGAAACACCUGAGCACCGUGGGCGGCGGGUUCUACGUUCUUUACCUGUUCUUCGAACUGCACAUGGUGUGGGUGGUUCUGCUUAGUCUGCUGUGCUACCUCAUCCUCUUUCUCUGCCGCCACUCCACCAUCCGUGGAACGUUCCUCUGCAUCACUGUCCUCAUCUACCUGCUGUUAGGUGAGGCACAUAUGAUGGACACCACCACCUGGCAUAAAAUGAGAGUGUCCCAGAUGGUGGUGGCCAUGAAGGCCAUCUCAUUGGCUUUUGACCUGGACAGGGGGGUAGUGGAAAGUGUCCCCUCUCCAGUGGAGUUCAUGGGCUACAUCUACUUUGUGGGCACAGUCAUCUUCGGACCCUGGAUCAGCUACAAUAGCUACAAAGAGGCGGUUGAAAGCCGCCAGCUGAGUUUCAGGUGGCUCCUGAAGGCCUUCACCAGCUGGGCCAAGAGUCUGUUCUGCCUGCUCGUCUCCAACUGUGUAGCUCCCUACCUCUUCCCCUACUUCAUUCCCAUCUACACCGACAGACUGCUCCGCAAGAAGAGACGAAAGAACAGAGGGACUCUUGCAAGGUGGCUGCUGGGGUAUGAGAAUACCCUCUCCUUCCAUUUCAGCAACUUCUUUGUGAGUUACCUCAGUGAAACCACCACCACUUUGGCGGGCUCUGGCUUCACAGAAGAGAAGGAGAACCUUAAGUGGGACUUGACAGUGGCAAAACCUCUAAACGUGGAGUUUCCCAGGUCCAUGGUGGAAGUGGUGACCUCUUGGAACCAGCCCAUGUCUCAAUGGCUGAAUACAUAUGUUUUUAAAAGUGCUCUCAAAUUCGGCAGUUUCACUGCCAUCCUUACAACCUACACAGCCAGUGCACUGCUUCACGGCCUGAGCUUCCAUCUAGGGGCCGCUCUCUUAUCUCUGGGCUUCAUCACGUAUGUGGAGCAUGUGUUAAGGAAAAGACUAGCCACUAUCUUAAAUGCGUGCAUCUUGUCCAGGCGAUGUCAGCCAGAUUGCAGUCACGCACACAAAAAGGCUUUGUGGGUGUACCUCAUAAACCUGGUCUUCAGUGGACUGGCCCUCUUGCAUCUGGUUUAUCUGGGCUCUGUGUUUGACUCAAACUCAGAUGACAUGGAGGAGAACGAGGACAGCAUAGCCAAUCACACCAUCAGAAAGUGGACAGAGCUGAGCUGGUCGAGUCACUGGGUCACCUUCGGUAGCUGGGUGCUCUACCGUAUGAUCCUCUAACAGUUUAGAGACGGGGGAGGACAGAGGAAGAACAAUAUCAUUCUGGACAUGAGAACAGGAGAACCGACGAGAAGACAAGAGCAGAAAAGAGAAGAGAAGAGAGAGAGAGGAAAUGGAAAGCAAUAAAUCACAUCAGGGCGAAACGCCUACUUCAAUCCAAUCCUGUCUCAGUGAGGCAGCCCUAUAUAGGACACUGAACUCUGUGACUGCACUGUGAGAUACUUCUGGACUAUAUAACACACAAACAGAGCAAAUAGAGACCCCCACCUCACCCACCCACACACACACACACACACACACAUACAUACAUCCUGUCAACAACUACUGAUGCACUCUGUUGCUGCUCAAACACUCCUGGCCCUUAUUCCUAUUGCACAUGUCUGAACCAGGAAGAUUUGCACCGCCUCUGAAAACCUGGAUCAACAGCACAGCAGACUCCAGUUAUCGCCGAGCGUGGGUUACUUUUAUAUUAUUCUCAUUUUCUGUAUGCUCAUUUAUAUUAUUCUCAUUCGUUACCUGUAUUUACUGUGCUUGUUACAAGAAGAAUACUGGUCAUCUAGUUUACAGUGAGCACAAACAGAAUUGGGGGGAAGAUGACGUAUUUCACGUGAAGAAUAACUGUACUUUUAAUUCUUUGAAUAGGAGGAAAACCAGCAUUCCCUGUGAUAAGUGACAAGUGGUUUCAGUUUAUGCUUUCUCAGCUAGACUUGGCACAGCCACACCCAUCUGUCUGUGAGAGGUGUUUGUUUUCCUGUGGAAAGUACUAGCUUGCCUGAGAGCUCCCACGUGUGCAGGUUUCCAACUGCGAACAAGUGAUGCUGAUGACCCAGAUAACCGUUUAGUCGAGAGCUGACCUGGACCCAACCUGGCUGGGCCAAUGCAGAACUGGGCUACAAGUGGCCCCUGGCCAGUGCUCCUGUGUGAGAAAACUAAACUAGACUGGCAGUGAGGGAUAUCUUUAGACUAAUGCGUUCCAGUGGUUAGUCAAUAGAGUGAGGCUGCAUUGGAGGCCAGCUGUGUGCAGUGUUGCUUUCGAGAGAGGCUGAGUUGUCUUUCCUUGCCUUAGGCAUACACACACAGCACCAGGCCAUUCCAUUCAGCCAUGCCAAAGACGCUAUAAAUAGAAGCCUCGUCAAGUUUAGGGCCAUUUUAGCUGGAUGACACAGGUAGCUCAGAGCCCUAGCUUGCACACAUUAGUGUUGUAGCCAGUGGACUGAGUUUACCAGCUCAUCCACCAAGCAUUGCAUGUGUUCAGAGACAUCUACUAGUUGAUUAUUAAAACAUAUCACACUCUGCGACUAGCAAUCAAAUCACUCUCAGCAUGGUAGCAAGCGGUCAGUGAACACACAUGGCAGAACAUGGUCUGGUGGUGUGUCAGUGUGAACUGAGACUGAACUGAACUGAGACUUUGCUCAGAACUAUCCUAUCCCUUGAGUACGUUGCUGUGUACAGUUUGCAGUUUGCAGUGCAUAGUUUUCAUUUAGUUACAGUCGUUUUGCAAUCACAUUUGUUUUCCAGAAAAGUAGCAUUAGUGCUUCAGCCCGUGCAUCCUGUAGCACACUUACUCUUAGAGCUCCCUCCCUGCACUGAGUGUUUCCCGUACGUCCUGGUUCCAAGUAUUCUGAUUAAAGUCAAUGCGUUAUAAUUAUAUUCAGUGUAAAUAUGCUUUGAUUAGAUAGAUUAUGUUUGUUCAGUAUCAGUGCCAUUCUUGGGCUGCGUUUCCCAAAAGCAUCAUUGAACAACUGUCACAGAUGGUAGAUCAUUUUGUGUACACUCUCUGGAAGAGUGUCACUGUUGAGGUAGACACAUACAUACAGGAAGAACAGGGGAGGAUGGGCUACGUGCACGGCAGAUUGGAUGACGUGAUACAAAUGGAGCGGAAGAGGCAGGAUUGAACAGCCAGUGCUGCAGAAGACGGAUUUACCCAUCAUCGGCCCUAGAUCUGUUCAGGAGUCACUGUUCUUCUCCUGACCCUCUAAACUUUCAACAAGGGCGUUCCUUCGGUUGCUAUAUUUGCCUCUGCCUAUAUUCAUGUUAUCCUUUGUUAGUUCAACUUUAAUGACUUGUUUUUGAAAACAUGUUUUGAUUUGCAUCUCGACUGGGGUACAACUUUGUAAUGAUUUGAUUAAUAGAACAGCUAGUUUACACUGAAAAUGGAAACUUGAAUAUGUUGUUUGAACAAUGUACUGUAUGUGCCAACUGGAAUAAUCAAGUCAUUGAGUUGAUACCCUACAAUAAAUGUACAUUGUUGGUCUUUAUAACUUAUCCUAUUUUGUACUUUUGUUACUUUCUGACC